GCCGGCAGGUGGCCAGUGGUCGCCUUCCAAAAAUUCAUGCAGCAGCGUCUAUGACGUGAAUUUCUGUCUUUUAACGCACAUUGAGGGCGUCUUUUUCCAGUGUUUUUUUUACCCGUUUUUUUUUCUUCGUAAUUUUUUUUGUUCUUUUUUUUCCUCACUAUUUUUUUACCGGCCUGGAUCCAUCGUCUUUACCCACCAUUGGUGCUGCUCCACGUUGCUGACGUUGGGGGCCCUCCUGUUCUCCUGCUGGGUUUGUCAACUUUGCCACCCUGCUGACCACGUCACGCCUGCCACAGUGUUCACGGAGGAAGGGCUAUUUUUUUUUUCUUCCCUUCAACACACCACUGGGGGUAUUCAGGGCCAAGUGCACAGCCGGUGCUGUCUCGUGAGUUCUGGCAAGGCGGCUGAAACCAGCAGACGAAACCGAACGGGAGCAGCGAGGGCCUGAACCAACGGGCACACUGGAACAAGACGAAAUCAUGGAAGGUGACGGGGGCAACAGCCAGACAAACCUCAUCAUCAACUACCUUCCCCAGGGCCUGACGGAUGAAGAGUUCCGCAGCCUUUUCACCAGCAUCGGUCCCAUUAAGUCAUCGAAGAUUGUGCGCCACAAAGCAACAGGCUACAGCUACGGCUUCGGCUUUGUCGACUAUCAGGGAGCCGGCGAUGCAGCACGUGCGGUCGAGACACUGAACGGCCUGCAGCUGCAGAACAAGAAGAUCAAGGUGGCAUAUGCGCGACCCGGCGGCGAGACCAUCAAGCACGCUAACCUCUACAUCCGUGGCAUCCCCAAGCACUUCCCCCCUGAGCAAGCCGAGAAGUUGUUCGCGGACUUUGGUCGGCUCAUCCAGUUUCGGGUGCUCAAGGACGACGCAGGACAGAGCAACAAGGGGGUUGCCUUCGCGCUGUACGACCUGCGCGAGAAUGCCGAAGCUGCUAUGUCGGCACUGUCGGGUCAAACGCUUCCAGGUGCCACCGAGCCGCUCCUGAUCAAGUUUGCCGAGGACAACUCCAAGAAGCUGCGACCUCCCGGAGGCCGUGGCCCCCAGGGUCAGCUGAUUGGGCCCCCGGGUGCUGGCGGCGGAGGCCCCAUGCGUGGUGCCCAGGGCCGCUACCGGUACAACCCACUGACGGGCUCCUACCAGUACCCAAUGGGAGGCAUGGCUCCUGCUCCAACUGCAGCAGACGCGGCUGGGCACGUGCUCUUCGUCUACAACAUUGGGACCGAUACGGACGAAAAGUCGCUCUGGCAACUCUUUGCCCAGUAUGGCACGGUGACCAAGGUGAACAUCAUCCGUGACACAGCCACAGGCCUAUCUAAGGGCUUUGGCUUCGUCACCAUGGCCAACUACCAGGACUGUGUAUGGGCCAUUGAGGCCUUAAACGGGUUCCGCUAUGCGGGCCGACCGCUGCAAGUCUCCUUCAAGCAGCCCAAGUAAAAGGGCUUGGGCUGGCCAUGGUCAUCAUCGUGCAGUUGUGAGUAGCAUCAACCACAGUGCUGCACUCAGUUGAAGCUUGAAAUUGGUCUUGCUGGUUUGGAAGUCUUCCAAGCUGUUUGCAGUACUUUGCUGCAUGCUUCAUGCAACUCAAGUUGAAGCACCAUGUCCAUGCUCCGCUGGUGACUGACAGUGUUAAGCGCCUCCUACAUAUUUCUUUUUUUUUUUUUUUCUUAUCCAUUGUUGAAUUGUUUUUCCGAGAACCGCUCUGGAUUGGCUACACGCUGCCACAUGUCGCCUGUGUGCUAAGAAGAAUAUGGCUGGCCGCCUCUAGGGACUGGUAGCGUUUUGGGGGAUGGUGUUCAAUGCGCACUUUUUUUUUUGCUGCCUAUGAAUUCACUUAUUGGACAUCGUCUUGGCUUGUCUACCCCAUCUUGUCUUGCUCAAGAAAAAUUGUAUUGGCAGCGGAGGGGACAGACUGUGCCCCAGCUCUGGGGAGUGGCAGACAUCGGGCAGUCAUGACGUCCCCCGCCUUUUCUUUCUUUUGUUUUUCUAUUGCUCUUUUAUCAGUGUGCCUGUGUGUGUGUGUGGGUGUUCAUUUUUUUUUUGCUUUCUCAUGCGUGAGUGCCCUAAGUUAGCAAGGAUUGUGAGAUUUUUUUUGUUUUAUAUAACUGAAUUUUUGGGAAAAUUUACUUUUUCUUUGUUAAGCUUUCCCUGGGUUCAGGCAGGCAGUAGCCUUCAAUUUGCUGUGUCAUUGUUGUUGCCAUUCUCGUUUUUUUUUUCCUAUUGUUACUUUCACAUCUGUUAGCAUUGUUACAAUCUUUGAAGACGAGUAGGCAUUGAACAUUGUAAGUGCACAAGCCACCUAGUGUGACUUGCGUAGAUUCAUUCUUUAUAUUUUUUUCCCCUUUCAUGCCAUUUACACAGUCAGCUUUAUUUUAUUCUCUUGAUCAGAGGAGACAUUUCUAAUUGUCUGCAUGAGAACGUAUUACCAAUGUAUCCUGAAUAUAAGCGUCAGCUGAGAAUGCUCCCCUGCCACCUUGUCCCCGGGCAAUCGGGAAGAUUAUGAAUAAAGGCCCCCUCAGCAGCUGGUUUCA